AUGGCGGUUUCACUUCAGAAGUGGUUGUAUAUAGAACAUUGCAACUUUAGCUUCACCUUUGAUGUUGUUUCACCUUUUGGCUACCUUGUUUGCUCCAUGUACGAAGAAGCAACAUCAUUAGCUUCCUCUAUUUUGAAGUGCUUGAGUGAUGAUUAUAAUGAUGCUACUCAAGAUAUGUUGGAAUCAACUGCUAUGGUGCUCGUUCAGGCAUUCAAGGAACUUGGCAGGACACCAGAAAUUCUUAAUCAACUCAGACCUCAUUUCAUUUCAGUAAAAGCUAUUCCCUCCAGAGUUCUUCUUACUGGAGCCUGUUUUCAAAUAGCAGAAGGUUCUGUUUUUGGCGUUCAAGAAUUUCUUGAGGAGUUUCUGAACGGAUGGACUCGUGGGGAUGCACAAUAUAGUGCUGUCAUUGCAGAAGCAAAUGUAGAGCAUGAAAGUAGACAUGAAAGUAGACAUGAAAGGCACUUUGUUCUUGGAAUUGAUAUGUAUUUGGAAGUUGUUGAGGUCUAUGCCGUAACACUUCUUGCUACAGUUCUAAAAGAUGUAGAUCUUGCAAUUUCCUGGGUUGAGAAUGCUUCAUUGCCUGAGGAAAACCGACAGGGAAUUCUGAGAAGGUUACAGUCUAUGCAUUCUCUGAAAAAUACCAUUUUGUCUCAAACUACCUUUCCGCAGUCACCUACCAAUAACAAUGAAGCUUAUUCUUUGAAAGAAUUAAAUGCGUGUGAAGGAUCAGCUAAAGCCUUGAAAGGCAAACAUAGGGACAAUCAAAAGUAUAGAUCCAAAGAAGCUGUUCCAAAACUGUCUGAACGAAUAGAAACAUGUUUCUGGUGCUUCCAUUCUAUCAAUUUGAAGUUUGGCACUGCCAAGUUUGUCAUAUCUAGUGGGAAGAUUAUGCUUGGUUGUUAUCUUGUUCAUCUAUUAUGUGUACAGAAAGAAGCAAGAUACUUUUAA